AUGGACGCCAGCGGUGUGAGCAAUGGCCUGGACAAGCUGCUGCCAAAGUCUAUUUCGGCCAGGCGCAGGCGCAGGAGACAGAAGCGGGCGGAGGGUUCGGCCGUCGACGAUGACACGGCCAGCCGUCGCUUCGCCGACAGCGACGACACCAACUCUACCAGCAUGCUUGACGACGACGAUGACGACGGCCGAAGCUUUGCAUCCCGCAACUCGAGCGCUGCCGACUUGGAGCCGCAGCCAGCCACGCCAGAAGGAGCUCCGCGACCCGCAGCGACCUCUCCACCAGCUCGGCCGACUACGAUUUCCGCGCACCCAUCGCUCAUCGGCUACUUGACUACGUCCUCUCCCGUCGUGCAGGCGACACACCUCGAUUCCAAUAAUCACUUCCAGCCUGCGCCUUCGUCACAAGGUGGUCGUGCCGGCAGCGACACGACUUCGUCACCCGCCGCAGUGGAGCGAGACACGACAGCGCCCCCCAUCGUCAUCGAGCCUCCUGCCGCGGUCAAAGUAUCAUCCGCUGACCGCCGCUCGAGGCAACCACCAUCGCUCGAGACGAAGCCUCCUCGCACGCCGCCAACAUCAGACAAGGCUGCUCCCGUUAUUGUCAAUACGCCCCCGACUCCGACCGAGAGUGGCGAUUCCGUUCGCGGGUCCUCACCGGAGACAAGGUCGGCGCGGAAUGGUGGUGGUUUCCGGGUGAGCUUGGAUGGCAGCAGUCCAUCAUUGCAAAGCAUGAGCGCGCACCGCAGGGCCAGGUCCGGAUCUGCGGUUAUCGCGCCGAGCAAGCUUUCCAACAUCACCACAGCUCCCCUCACUCCCACCGAUGAGAGCGGCGAGCCGACACCGAGUGCGACCGGCUUCUUCUCAUCCGUGCUGACCGCGGCACAAAACGCAGCCACCACAUUCAGCAACACCAUACCUGGCACUGGAAUCACCAUCGGUAGCAAUAAGAGCAGAACUAGCCUUCCCAGAUCCCAAGGCUCUUCCGUGACCAGCCAAGCCGAACCUGAGGCCGAUCGCGAGCCGGAACCCCGCAUUGACCACACAAUGGACCGCAAGGAAUCCGCCAUUCGGACGCUUGGCAGCGGCGACUUGAGCCUGAGCCAGCUGGGGAUCGCGGAGCCUUCGAGCUCUAUCGCCUCUCCGGCCAGCGCCAAGUUCUCGGACGCAGCUGACACAAGAUUUCGAUCUGAAUCGGCGCCUGUUGAUCCGCAAGCACGGCUCGCCGAGGCACUUCCCGAGGGCCCGGCGAGCCGCCCCCGGUCACUGGCGGAAGCUACAACGAGCGGCGACCAGACUCCGCCGCAAAUGGAUCUUGCAGAGAACAAGGCUCACGUACAACGAACAUCAAGCAUACGAAGCGCCAUCAAACCACAUAGAAAGCGAGGAAGCUCUGUCACGACAGGUGGGACUGGCACGACCGCCGCUGCUGCCGUCGGCGCGAGCAACAACUCAACAAUCACACCCAGUGGCAGCUUCGGGGCGCCGAAGCUUACGGGCUUUGCCAUUGCCAGCAAGAAGCGAAACCGCGAUUUCCACACCUUUUUCAAGAGCGUCCCCGAUGACGACUACCUCAUCGAAGACUACAGCUGUGCUCUGCAGAGAGAGAUUCUCGCGCACGGCAGGCUGUACGUUUCCGAGGGGCAUCUUUGCUUCAGCAGCAAUAUCCUUGGUUGGACGACGACUCUAGUCAUGAGUUUUGACGAGAUUGUGUCUGUGGAGAAGAGGAGCACCGCCCUGGUUUUCAAAAACGGGCUCAUGAUUUCAACGCUUCACGCCAAACAUAUAUUUGCCAGCUUCACUAGCAGAGACGCAACGUACGACCUCAUCGUCAACAUUUGGAAACUUGGACAUCCGACCUUGAGGAGCACUCUGAACGGCGUGAGGCUUGAGGGCACUGGAGGUGACAAGACGGAAAAGGUUGAUGGCAACGAAGUUGCUGGUGGGGCAGGUGAUCCCCAAGAAAUUGCCUCGGAAUCCGAAGACGACAGCGAAGGAGAUGACGAGGAGGAAGACUUUUACGACGAAGAGGAGAACGACGAGAUCCCCGACACACAGGCGACGGAGGUCAGUGGUGUAGAGGCCGACGCGGAAAAGCCUGGUCUCAGAAAGGCGUCAACCAUGACCGUCCAGAACGGCCUUCCUGCUGAGCCUCCAAAGGAAACAUCGUCCCCUCCAGGAGGCUCAGUCGAUUUCCCAGGCCCUGCGACUCAUCCACCCACAGACUGCGGCGACUCGGCUAGCCAUUACGACAAGAUUGUUGGUGACGACAUCAUCGCCGCCCCCUUGGGUAAGGUGUACAACCUCAUGUUUGGGCCGGCAUCCGUUGCGUGGAUGACAAAAUGGCUGGCAGGGGAUCAAAAAUGCACCGAAAUACAGAUGGAUGAUAAGAAGGGCUUGAGUUUGGAUAACAAGACGCGGACCUACUCGUACAUCAAGCCCUUGUAUGCGUCAAUCGGGCCCAAACAGACCAAAUGCAUCGUGUCGGAGACUGUCGACAACAUCGAUUUGGACAGAGCGGUUAACGUCAGCGCCUCAACGCAAACUCCGGAUGUGCCCAGCGGAAACGUGUUCUCCGUCAAGACGAGAUUCUGCCUGUCUUGGGCAGAGAACAACACCACCCGCGUCCAGGUCAACUGCACAACUGAAUGGACUGGAAAGAGUUGGCUGAAAGGUCCCAUCGAAAAGGGUGCUGUUGACGGCCAGACACAACACUGCAAAGACUUGUUUGCAGCGCUCAAGGCUGCAGCAUCUUCUCGCCCGCGGGCAGGCACGGGUCCCAACGGGCCGGCUCGGGCAAAGAGAAAGCUUAAGAGGAGCAAGGCUCUGCAGUUGACUGAUGGCAGCGUGGAGGGCAAAAUGGAGACAAAGAGGGCGGCAAAGCAGGAUUGGGGCCUAUUCGAACCGGUCAGGGGCCUGGUCGAACCCUGCGCUGACCUGGUUCAGCCCGUGCUCACGGGCAACGUCAUGUACGGGCUGCUCGUGGGCUUGCUCGUCGCCAUGUGGUUUGGAUUCGGCUCCUCACCGAGGAAGAAUGUGUCGCCAUACGGACCCGAAGUCGGUUUCUACAGUGCCAGCCGUCUGGCAGCGUACGAGGAACUCUGGCGUCGCGAGGACAGUGAGCUAUGGGAGUGGCUCGACGAGCGUGUCGGGCUCGACCGCUUACACUCGGACGGCCCCGUUACUCGAAAGAGGCAUUUCGAGCCACGAACUGUGGAAGAGAAGCUGCGCGAAGAACGAAUCGACGAGAGAGAGGUCGAAGAGGCGAUACGAGUGACGGAAGAGAAACUGAGGGUUCUGAGGGAGGUGGUUGGCAAGCCUGCACAAAGCCGGGACGAGAGCGGUCGAUGA